UGUAUGAAAAGGAGAGGUUGUUGGCUGAUGUGGAUUCUUGCUAAUCUAUAUAUAUAUAUUUUACCCGACCGGUCCUUUUGCAAUCAAAUUAUCAAAUCUUGACAGCUGUAUAACGCAAUGAUUAUGUUUUAAUUAAUGUAAAGAUGAAUCGCAACGUACUUGUGGCGUUUGAUUUUGAUCAUACCAUCUGCGACGGCAACACUGAUUUAGUAGUGCAAAAUUUGCUGCCAAUCGAAAUACCCAAGGAUUUGCACAAUUUACGAAAGUCUAGUGGUUGGAUAGUAUAUAUGAGCAAGAUCUUCGAGCUCCUACAUGAAAACUCUGUGAGAUCUCAUCAAAUCGCAAACGUUAUUAUUGGUAUACCUGAAGUUGCAGGAAUGCAGAAACUCCUUACUUCCUUACAUGGCAAUGGUCACGAGAUCAUCAUUAUCAGCGAUUCGAAUAGCGUGUUCAUAGACUCUUGGUUGAGAAGUAGGCAGCUCAAUCAAGUUGUAUCACAUGUCUUCACGAAUCCAGCCCGAUAUGACAAAGACAAGCUGAGGGUGGACCCAUAUCAUAUUCAAGACACAUGCAAGAUGAGCGCUGCCAAUCUUUGCAAAGGACAGAUUUUAAUGGAUUAUAUUCAGGAUAAGCACAAACAGGGUAAAAGCUAUGAGAAAAUUGUCUAUGUUGGCGAUGGAAGGAACGAUCUCUGCCCGAUUUUGCGUCUCUCAGAGACUGAUCUGGCAUGUCCGCGUAAAGGUUAUUCGCUUAUCGAUCGGCUAAAUGAAUUAUCUACCUCUAUGUCGACAAAGGCAAAAAUUGUGCCAUGGGAAGAUGGUACUGAUUUACAAUUCAGAUUGGAACAGUUCAUAGAACUUCCACCUUUAACAUAAUUCUAUCAAUAGAUUUU